AUGACUACCAACGACUUUCCAGUACAGUUCGCUGGCAAAAAAUACGAUUUACAUUCAUUCAUGCGCGAUCAUCCUGGUGGUGUGAACACUUUGAAGAAUUAUAAGGGGAAAAGUAUAUUGAAGGCUAUGGAAAAGUUCGGGCACAGCAGCAGUGCGUAUCAUAUGUUAAAUGACUUGAAAGUGAAAGUAGUGGAACUUAAAGAUGGGAACUUGACUGGGGGUGUGAGUGGGAACGGACGAAUUAUAACGAAUGAGGAGGCCGGUCGAGAUGUGGAGGAGAUAGAGUUUCUAGAAGAGCUUGAGGCCCGCCUGGAUUGGUCGAAACCUCUUCUUCGGCAAUUGGAUGCCAUUGCGCCACAUUACGAUCAGUGGGUGAACAGUGCAGUGUAUAGAAAGUGUAGACUCUUCGAAAGCUCCAUCCUUGAGAGCAUGACGUUUACACCCUGGUACUUAGUGCCAAUGUGCUGGGUUCCAAUUAUACUGUAUUUAGGUUACUCGCAGCUUCAGAAGCACGUGUUAUGUGGAGAUUCAUGUAAACAAGAUCCUUUGGGAUUGCAUCUUUACUUAUAUCAUAUAUUCCUCGGUCUGGUGAUAUGGUCGGCACUUGAGUACUCGUUGCAUAGGUGGGUGUUCCACCUCAACCCUGGCUCCUCCGUCACCAUGAUCAAAAUCCACUUUCUCAUCCACGGAAUGCACCAUAAGGUACCAUUCGACGGAUUGAGACAAGUUUUUCCACCGGUGCCUGCUUUUCUCUUGGCAUAUGUUAUUUAUAUGAUUCUUCAACUUUUCCUGGCAUACCCACUCAUUAAACUCACUGGAGGGCUUAUAGGUUACCUGACCUACGAUAUGAUACAUUAUUAUGUGCACCAUGGGUCACCGGAAGAUGGCACUUAUCUGUACGCGAUGAAGAGAUAUCACUCCAAUCAUCAUUUUGUCAAUCAUGAUAAAGCAUUCGGGAUCAGCAGCAAGAUGUGGGAUUAUAUAUUCAAGACGUUUGUACACGUUAGAAAGUUGGGAUUUAGUUUACAUUGGUAA